GAGAGCAGCAGGAGCGAGAAGGAUAAAGAUGGCGGCUAGCGGCUUGGUUGAGCUAGCCGAAGCCGCGGCUAUUGAAAUGUCUAUGAAUCGCAAAAUACCUCUUGUGCAGUUAGUUAAUCUAAAAGGAUACUUCCAGGACACUUACGAGAAAAACGGAGUACGAAAUGGUUCGAAUAUUACUAAGUGUUUCGAGCAACUGAAUGGCGGUCUCCCAACGAAGGAUAUAGACCCGUAUUUAAAAACAUCGCUUGCACGAAAUUUCAGCGAAUUUUUUGCAAAAGAAUCGUUUAAUAAUCGUCUCGGGAGAUCUCCUAGCACAGACAGCAUCGCUGUGAGCAACUUCAGCAGUGGCCCAGGAAGUGUAGAUUCUUGUCAGUACAGCAGUAAUGGUAGUGAUAGUAACAGUGGAUCAUCACCAUGUUCUCCGGAAGAUUCGGAUCCUUGUUCAAGAGCUGGCUCUCCUCACUCUAUGCCGCCCACUUCACCAGCUAAUCAUUAUUGCUCUGAAAGUGAAGAGCAAUUGAGUCAAACUGAACAGAAUUUUAGAACAGACGACUCGACCAAGUCAAAUGGUUCUAGUGUGUUUGAAGAGAAUGGAAAUACUUUUUUAUCUGAACAGACUGAAUGUAGUUCAACAAACUGUGAAAAUGUACAACUUAAUAAUUCAAAUUCUGAUAAUAUCAAACAUUUCUACCUCCCUGAAAGUAGCUGUUCUGUGCCAAACUCUAAUUAUGAACCAUUCCAAAAUUUCAAAUCAUCUAACUGUCAAAUUCCUUCAUCUGCUAAAGCAGCAGAAAGUUCAGAAAUGCAAAGUGUGGACAAAACUUCAGAUCUAUAUAAAAGUGCUGGUCAUUCAAAUUCUAUGCAUCAAACUGAUAGUAAACUUGACUUUUCAUCUUCAAACACUAGUACAAACCAAUCGAAUUGUUCCUCUACAGAUAUGCAACAGUGUAGUUGGGUGCACUGUAAUACCUAUUUAGAAGGUAACACUGAACUAGUCGAACAUAUUAGAACCCAACAUGUUCAAGUACAAAAAGAGAAGGAGAAUUUUGUUUGCCUUUGGGUUGGAUGCAAGGUUUAUAACCGUUCUUCAUGUUCCUUGAGCUGGCUAGAACGUCAUAUCUUAACCCACGGUGGUAGUAAACCUUUCAAAUGUAUUGUGGAUAACUGCAAUCAACGUUUUCCUACCCAGUCAGCAUUGCAGCGCCAUGUCAACUCGCAUUUCGACAGCCAUCCAAACAAUCACAGUGGGAAAACAGGCAGAUGCCGGGAUGAGACAACUUCUAAGAGCUUCAGAAGAAAAAAGCACCACAAGUACAAAAAGAGAAGUGCUAUUGGGAAAACUGAGGAUUUCUUCGACUCAAAUAUCAUGGAGCAAAUCAGAUACAAGCUUGUAGAAAUUCAUUCUGGGAAGCCUUUAGGCAGUACAAAUAACCCUUACGGAUUCAUUACUCUACACAGCAGGGUCAAAGCAAUAAGAACAGAUAAAUCUGGAGAAGUCAAAGUUUUGUUACAAUGGAUGCCUGAAAAUAUAUUACCUGAUUGUUGGGUAUCAGAAGAGUCUGCUCUUUGUUGUAAGAAAGUUCCGUACUCAUCACUGCCACGAGAUGUUCUGGUCUCUUUAAAUUCACAACUCAGAGAGGAGUGUGAUGAUUCACCACGGGUAAAGCAACGACGAAAGUGAAUCUCCAUUUUAUUCACACAUUGAGAGAAACAUGUUCCUGAAAGUGCCAUGCAUUAAACAAGAAACAUUUAUCAAUCUUUGAACAAGCAAGAAAUCUGAUUGUUUUAGCAGACUUUAUUUGAACCCUUGUAGCUAAAUUGGAGUGGUGGAAUUUAAGGCUGUGUAUCUAAAGUUGGGAGUAUAAAAGUGUGUUUUGUUCAAAGUGUAAUUAGUGGUAUAGUGUAGGCACAAAGAAGGCAAACUCAAAAAAAAAAAAAAGGUGAAAGAAAAUAAACUAAGACUUAGCCAGUGCCUUUGUACCCAUUUAUUAAGAAGCUAUUUUCUGUAGGAGUUUAUGUUAUUUCUGCUAUUAUAACUGAAGAGCAUUAAAUGAAUCCUGAGUUUUUAUUGCAAAAUGUUUAUUAUUAAUUGAUUCAAACACAUCAAUAUGGUUCUAGAUCCUGUGGUUACAGUUGGACCAAAAUAAUUUGCUUACAUCUGGGAAUCAGAAUUGUAGUCUGUAUAUUUAUAUGGAGCAUCAUCAUGCUAGGUUUUAGAAUGAAAUAAAUAAUUAAUCAAGAUAUUAACAAAAGUUUUAUCGUUUUUUAAUUUUUUUAACUCUUAAGAUACAAUGAAUUGAAUGUAUAUUUAUGGGAAAAAUUAUUAAAAUUUCUAAGCAAUUUUAUGUUUUACCUUUUAAAAAAUAAUUAUAUUGUAUUUAUAAUUUAGUGACAAUUUUCUUAAACACAACAGUGCUUUACUAAUAUUAAUAUCAGUAUUUUUAAUCUAUACUGUUUCCUGUUAGAAUACUUGUAUUUUGACUGUUAUGCUAUUGACUAUGCAAAAAAUGUUUAUGUCUGUCUAUCCAUUGUGAUUUUAGUGUUCUUGUCUUCUGUGAACUGUAAACCAUAUUGAUAGCUAUUAUUUAUUGUACUACCUCAGGAACUUAUCGUCAUAAUUUUUUUUCAGUCUUUGUUUAUCAAUUUUAUUCAGGAUGCCAUCGCCACCUCUGUAUCAUUUUUUUAUCAUUUGCUUAGUUGCUCAUUAUAACUUUUCGUGAAUAUAGUUCGAUAUUUUUUUAAUAUCUUAAAUAAUAUGAGAAGAUAUAUAUAUUAUAAUUGGUUGAUUUUUUUUUCAUUGUUUAAAACAGUCAUCCAUUAUUAAUAAAAAAUUAAUUCCAAAUUCCUUCAUUAUUAAUAAACUGUUUUUCAGUCUGGGGGUAUUUAGUUUUUAGUAUUGCUCAUUAUAAUAAUGCAAUGCAUUUCGUUCAGGUUUCAGUAUAAGUAAAAAUCAUGGCUGUUUUUAUUUAGUUGUUAAUGUGUUUUUUUUUUUUCCUUCAAUUUUAAAAAAGUAUAAAUUUAUUUUAGUAUCUGUUAUACUAAGCUUGAUAAUUUACUCUAAAUUUUUGAGGUUUUUAUUAAAAAUUAGUAAUUUUACAUUAUGUAGAAACUAAGUUCUGCAUGAAAUUUAACAAUAAGUAAUCAUUCAUGUUUUUUCCUACAUUAUUCUACAAGUUUAGAAUUUAAUCAGUAGAAUGUUUUCAUUUAAUAUAUUAUGGUAUUUCUCUGUACAGAUAAUUAUAUCAUUAUGUAUUAUCAUUUUUUUUUUCAUAAAGAAUCAUAUAGUCAUUUUUCUAAAUAUCAGUCUAAUUAUGAAUUGUUUUUUGAAGUCAUCAAUGCUAAUAUUGUUAAACAUUAUUAGUAUGGCAGUAUUUAAUAUCAAAAUAUUUGUAUACCUCAGGGUUUUUUUAACACUCCCUUGAAUUAAGGAUGACUGUACUUUCAAGAAAAAAAAAAUUUCUAUUCAUCUGUAACUUUUUCUGUUUUAUACAUUUAUUCUAUUAUGGUUGACCUGUUAAAUCAAAUGAAGAAUUAUUGUAGAAUGGCUUCUGGUGUUGCUAUAUGUAAUUAUUAAGAGUAGCAAGCCAUUUCAUGUUGUCUAGUUGCUCCGUCCUUGUUUAGGGGUUCCCUAUUUGCUUACUGUAGCAGUGAUAGGCAACUGUUAAACCGCAGGAUCUUAGUUUUUCUCAUUCCUAGUUAAAUAGUGAUUCAUAUAUCUGUGAUAAAUAGUACAAAUAUCCUGAGCACUGUUUUCAUUUUUAUCUGUAUCAAACUAAAUACUCAAGGCCAGUAAUUUCUUAGGUUUCAUCUUUUCAUUUCACUUUUGUUGCAGCACUUUGAAAUAUUUAGGUUUCAAAAAUUUGUACAGUAAUUAGUGAAAUAAAAACCUGUAGCAUACCUUGUAAUUAAAAAUGCCUUCCAACAUUUUUUUUUUCUGCUGAGAUUGAUUGAAUUUAAAUGGAUCAUAUAGAAAUUAUUGAACAUCGGAGUCUUAUUUCAUGUUUUAAAUAAGCUAUUAAUAUUGAAAUCGUUUUUAGGAGAUUAGCAUUUGUAAUAAAUUUUUAAUUAUAAAUGUUUUAUGUUUCAUAUGAAUUGUAAAUAUUAUUUUAAUGUUGGUUUCAUAGUCAUUUGCUUAUGAUGUGAUAUUUUAUUUUGUAUUUCUUAUUUUGUUGUAUGUGCACGAUUAUUAGCAUGGUAUGCUUUCUGUCUAAUUUACAGUAAAUGUUUUUGUUGCAAAAUCUUAGUUUUUUGCAGUCUUGAAAUUGCUGCUAUUUAAAAUAAUAAUAAGGAUGACUUUGUUUGCAUAAAUUGUGUUUUUAAGUUAUCCAUUCAUUACUAGUCAAAAUAACAAAAUGUGAAAUAUUUUACAGGAAAUGUUUGCAUGAUGAUGCGUUUUCUUAUGUACAUAUUACUGUAGUUUUUGAGUAUAACCAAGCAUAGAGUUCUGUCUUUGUAGUUUAUGUGAUAGGUAUUUCAGUAUCUAAAAUGUAGUUUUCCUUGUAUUAAGAAAGAAUAUGCAAUAGAUUUUCAUUAUCCCAAAAGGCUUCAUUUUGUUUAUGAUAUUGUUGAUAUAUUUAAAGCUAUUAUCAUUUCCAAUAGCAAUAAUGCCGUUCUUAAAUGUCAGUUGUUUAUUGGCAUGAUUUAAUUACAAGGAAAUAUUAAAUUGUGAAAUAAAAUGCUGUAGUCCAUAUCAUCUGCAUUUAAUAAAAAUAUAUGCAUAAAUUCUGAGAAAUUCUGGCUUAUACUUACCCACCGUUUUAUUUUGUAAAUAUAUAAAAAUAUUGCAUUCACCAUUUUGAACUAAAGUGCUCAUUUUUAUCCAUUUUCUCGGUACUUUUAAUUGUAGAGUCAUUUUAAAGCCAUAUAAACACCACAUGUGUUCUGAAUUUCAUUUGAACAAUCUGCGAUUAAAAAGUAUGUUACAAUCAUGGGCUCAUUAAUUUUUAUAUUUGUUCUAUUUAUUUUACUUUCUCUGUACAAAAAUUAAAUGGAGCAUUUUGCUUUGUUUAUGUCAUUUUCAUUGAAUAAGAGAUAUAAUUUAUUUCUUUUUCUAUAUCUUAAUUGUAGGCUGCUCAUAUGAGUUGCAUUAGAAAUGUAGAAUUUAUAACUUUUAAGAGUAUUUAUUUUAAAUAUAAUCUUAUUAUUUCUUUUAAUUAAUUUUUUAGUAAUACAAGGUUAUGAGGAAAGUAGUGGUGAUGAAAUUGUAAGUAAAUACUAUCUUAUGCAAAGUUAGUCUUUUCCUUUGAUAUAUUUUAAUUUAUUUAGGAAUGCCCUGUGAAAGUGGUUGGAAACUAAUUUAUUUUGACUUUCACUUAAAUUAAUUAAAAAAUAUAUCUUCCUUUCAGAAGACUGUUUCAUAUUCGAAAGAAAUGUUUGAAUUUUGCAUAAAUUGCCGAGAAUUUCUUGUAUUUUUAAUAUUUUUCUCUCCAUUUGUCUCUUGUGAUUAAAAAUGAAGAUGGUGUUGUUUAAUCACUUUCAAUGUUCAUAUUUAGGUAUUUAAAGAUCUCUAAUUUCUGUUAGUUUUUCUUCUUUAGUUUAGAAUCUCAUUAAAAUAUAAAUAAUUUGUAAAAUAAAAAAAUGAUAGUGCCUGUGAAAAAAAAAAAAAACCGAGUGUUUCAUUUUAAUUCUUUAUUUAAUCAGAAGUAUCAAAUAGCAGCUUCUAUUCGAAACUUCUUCAUUAAUAUUUCUUUCUUGUUUGCUAUUUUAAAAUAGUAUGAAGGAGGAAAUUUUUUAAUCUGUUUUGUGUAAUUUCAUUGAAGUAUUUCAGAGCAAUUCAGUUUUUGUUGAUUAUUUUUUUUCAUAUUGUUGGAAUAUUUAGAAGCUGCUCCUUCCCAUUCCUUCAUUAUUUGGUAACAAUUGGUCUGUUAGUCUUUUCACAAUUGAAAUGUUGCCUCUACUUUUCUUGUAACUAAUAAUUUCUUUAUUUUUAUUUUAAUAAUAAUAAGACCAUAUUUAUUAUAAUUAAUUUUGUAACAAUAAAUCCUUCCCAUUUUAUAUUCAUGUCAUACUUUUAAUAGCAAUUUUGAAGCUAAUUAUCUGGAAUAUAGAUAUAAUAUGAAGAAAUAUUAUGUAUAUUAAUAUUUGCUUAUUAAGUAAGCUAAAUUUGUUAGCAGAAAUUAGUUUCUAUAAUUCAUUUAUAAUGUUAUUAUUGAUUAUCUUGGAGGAAUAUCUGUUUUGUUCUUAACAAAUUUGUUAAAUUUAUUACUUAAAUUUGAUCUCGUAAUUUUGUUUAUAUAUAAUUGUAGAAUACAUCUACAUUAUCCAAAAUAUUAAAUUGAGAACUGGUUUUAUGAUUGCUCAUUGACAAAGUGUUUGUUUUGGAGCUGGUAAAUCGACAUCUAAUGUCUUGAUGCUAUUAAAAAGUCAACUAUGGGCUUAUUGUUAUCUCUUUUGUAGAUGGAAUUUUCUUACAUUGACUAAAUUCAAAAUUUCAAUUUGAUUAUACUUUAUUUCAGGAUGUUAGUGUGGCAAAUUGUAUAAAUAAGACUAUUUGCAGUUGUUUAGUUUCUAAAGUGGACAUGAUAAAACUGAGAUAAAAUCAUAUAAAGAUUUUCUUUUUUGCAAAACAGCUAUCAAGGUUUAAUUCAACCUCAUUGGUAUGAAGAUGUACUCCUUUAAUUUACCUCUGUUGUUCUUUACAAAAAUCAGAAAGUCCAUUUUAAUUCUUAUCUUUGGUUAUACAAUUUUCAAAAUUAUAUGAGGAGGAUUUAUUGUGUGCUUUGAUUUUUCUUUUCUUUAUUUCUUUUUACAAAUUAAUCUGUUAGGAAUUCAUACUUACAAGCAAUACAGUCUCAUUAAUAUUGCAUCUAACACUGCCAUUGUUCAUUUCCUAGUGCUCCAUUUUAUGUACCUUGGAGAAAAUACAUCAUUGUUUUAGCUUACUCCAUCACUGCCAUUUCAGAGGGGGCUGUUCAUCCCCCUUUUCAUGUCAUGACCAAAAAAGCAAAUACUCAGAUCGACUUUGUUGAGUAUAAUCUUUUUUUUUAUAUAUAUAUAUUUACUUUACUUUUCGGCUGUUUACUUCUUAAACUGUGUAACUAUUUAUUUAUCUUGAGUUUGUGAAUAUCAUUUGUAUUUUUGAUAUUUAUUUUAAUUUAUAUGUAUUCUUUAAAACAAUGUAAUAAUCAAAUCACAGCCUGUAUUUUCAGUUAGUGGAGUCAUUUAUGAUAAAUGUAAUUGUGCACAGCCAUGUACAAGCAGAAUGUCAUAUUCUCCUUGUCUAAGCUAUGUAUAUGUAUGACGCUUAAAUUAUUAUGAAUGUUUUAUUUCUGUUCCUGUGUUAAGAAUAAAAAACACUUUGCAGUUC